AUGUUUCCCUGUUUGCGCUAUUCGAUAAUUGUGUUGCUCGUCGCCGACGCCGCUCUGGCCGCUAGAAAGAAGCACCGUCAACUCGAAAGUGAUGAGGACGACGGCAAUACCUCUUCGUGGUUGUCAAUGUUCCAGGCCGAACAGGCCGUCAUAGACCCGUGUCAAGACGAGCGCGGCACGGCCAGACGCUGCAUUCCUGAUUUUGAAAACGCAGCCUUCAGACGGCGGGUCCACGCGUCAUCCACCUGCGGCAAAGUCGCCACCAGGCAUUGUCAAGUAAACGCUGUUCGCGACUCGGUCGGAUUAGCCGGCACGACGAAUGAAGAGCUCGUCCGAACGUGCCAGAUGUGUGAUGCAUCGAAUCCGUCGACAAGCCAUCCGGCUGCGCUUCUCACCGACGUCAACAAUCCCUCAAAUUUGACCUGUUGGAUGUCAGAAGCGUUCAACGUGAACACACCCCAGAACGUUUCACUCAGAUUGUCGCUCGGGAAGAAGUUCGAGCUCACCUACGUUUCGCUGCAGUUCUGCGGGUCCAAACCCGACUCCCUCGCAAUUUUCAAGAGCAGCGACCACGGGAAAUCGUGGCAGCCGUUCCAAUACUAUUCGACGAAUUGCGAAAAAACCUACGGCAAGUCGUCACGACAAAAACUUUCUGUGCAUAACGAGCACGAAGCGCUCUGCUCGGAUCCGAACGCCGACAAAAAUGGCAACAGUAACAACCGUAUCGCGUUCUCAACCCUGGAUGGGAGACCCUCGGCGUACGAGUUCGAUAAGAGUUCGCUCUUACAGGAUUGGGUGACGGCGACCGAUAUCAAAAUUGAAUUCCGACGUUUGCUUGACCCUCGACAGUCGGAGUCGCUGUCGAGCGAGAACAGCAUCGAUGACAACGACGAGGACAAUUCGUGGACAAACGAAACCUUGAACAGCGCACCGGUGGCUAGCACUCAGGAAAUCAAGCAGGCCUACAACUUCUACUCGGUGGCAGACUUGGCAGUUGGCGGUCGAUGCAAGUGUAACGGUCAUGCUUCGGCUUGCGUACCGAGUUCCUCGUCGACAGCCGAAACGCCAGAUCUCGAAUGUCAAUGCCGACACAACACGGCAGGUCGCGACUGCGAGAAGUGCAAACCUUUUUACUUCGAUAGACCGUGGGCUAGGGCCACGAGUCAAAACGCCAACGAAUGUCAACCUUGCCAAUGCAACGGUCACUCGCGAUCGUGCCGAUUCAACAUGGAGCUGUACAAGUUGUCCGGCUCCCGGAGUGGCGGGGUUUGCAUCAAAUGCCGUCACAACACAGCGGGGCGUCACUGCCACCAUUGCCGCGAGGGCUACUAUCGCAAUCCCGAAGUUGCCCUCAACAACAAACGAGCUUGCAAACAAUGCGAGUGCCACCCUAUCGGAUCUCUUGGCCGCAUCUGUAACAUGACCACUGGACAGUGUCCGUGCAAGGACGGGGUUACGGGAUUGUCUUGCAAUCGAUGCCAAAAGGGUUACCAACAGUCACAAUCCCCCAUCGCACCAUGCGUUCGAAUCCCGCAAUCUGAGGAACCGCCGAUAGCUGACGGACCGGCGGACGAGGAUUUCGAAUACGACACCGACGAGGUUUCCAGCGAGGACAACGAAGGAGCAUGCGCCGAAUGCUCGAGGGAUAUCAAUUUUGAAAUGAUCUGCAAGAAAGCCUUCGCUAUCCGUGCCAAGAUAUUGAGUCAAGAGAGCUUCGGUCAGUGGGCGCGAUUCACAAUUGAGAUCCGACGGAUUCUCAAAAACGGGCCCGAGAGACUCCACAAGGGUCUCAGACACCUUUGGGUACCGACGGAGAACUUGAAGUGUCGCUGUCCUCACCUCGAAAUCAGCUCCACAUACGUCAUCGUUGGUUCGAUGCAGAUGCACGGAGGGCAACUCCAGCCAACGUUCGAUCCGGACGGAAUUAUAGUUCAAACAUCAGAAAGCCUCGAGAAGAGAAUAAGGAAAAUGGUUCGUAAACGGAGCCGUUGUCCCGAGUGAAAGCAUUUCGCCAGUACUCUCAGUUCGAACAGAGAGAAAGAAACUCCGAGCAGCCCACCUUGACGCUCAGACCCGUUCACAGACGGGGUCUCCCAUUUCAUGAAAUUGAUUUCUGAGAGCAGUUUUCUUGCCUUCCUCGAAUAGAGUUUUGUUCCUUUCGUUUUUGCAAAAUCAUUCGAUUUCGGAAGCGUCUCGCCGAUCCACACCCGUCGAACUGGCGUCGCUCGGACGGCCGAGAAACGAGUCGCCACGGGACGAUUGCGUAUUCACGACGAUACGCCUUUAUGUCCCAGACAGGGUGGAGGCCUUCAUCUAAUGUGUAAAUAUGGUGUUGUACAUAA